GAAUAGAAGAGAAUAGAAGAAAAUAGAAGAGAAAAGAAGAGAAGAGGAAGAAGAAAAAAGAAGAGGGACUCCCUUUGCGAAUCAUCAUGUCGGCGAUACGAGUAGGUGUAAGGGAACUUUAGCCUAUGUCCACUUAUCGUGCUUGGAAAGAUGGUUGAAUCAGUCCUGUCGAAGUUACUGCGAAUUGUGUAAUUAUCAGUUUAACGCCGUGGAAACGCUUCGUUACACUUGUUAUCACUUUUAUGGGAACCUUCAGGCCCAAGUCAUUGAGAAUAUGGAUUACUCAUCCGCAUAAUCGACGAAACAUCCAAUCCGAUCUUCUAAUCUUUACGUUACUCUCCAUCGUGACUAUUGGUUUAAUAAUCGUAUGUCUUUGGGGUAUGCGUUACUUCAUUAUGGAAGGUAAGAAAAUUGGUAUUUCCAAGUCAUGGACAAAAGGAGUUACAUGGUUCUUCCUCGGUAUCGUGAUAUUAGGUUACAUCGCAACGGUUUAUCUUCUCGGAAAGGAUCAGUUAUCACCGUGGUACAGAUGGUGGAAGAGUACAGUGAACGUUCAACUUAUUGUAGAUCCACAACUCUUUCGACCUACCACGGAAUCCUUUCAAGAGUACGAGAACCAAAUUAUGAGCAUCUCGGCGAGCAACAUGAAAACGCCAACCGAAUCGAGGUUAUUAAUCUACCAAGAAAUUGAAACUUAUCUUUAUCCGUCGAGCUAGUU